CCCUGGACUGGAUCAGAAGAACCCCACUUCCAGGGGGGAAAACCUCAUGCUGGUGAUGUGUGCUUCUGUGUGGCAGGAACAGGACUACAAUAUCAAAAGAGCAGGCCAAGCACAGAGUGCGUCCAAGGCAAAGCUACCAUGAGGGGUUCUAUUCAGAUGGUGACCCUGUGGGGGAAACAAGCCCCUCCUCACAGCAUCACCGCUAUCCUCAUCACAGAGGACCAGAGAACGAUCGUCACAGGGAGCCACGAAGGCCAAGUCUGCCUUUGGGACCUGCUGCCAGACCUCCAGAUGUCCUCAAGGCAGAUGCUUUUGGGGCAUACAACAUCAGUGACGUGUUUGGCGAAGGCAAGAAAUUUUGAGAAGCAACCGUACGUGGUCAGUGCUACUGAGAACGGAGAGAUGAGCAUUUGGGACCUCACCAGUGGACGGUGUGUAGAGAAUACAAGGCUUCCAUUUCGGCACACGGCCAUCUGUUACUACCACAGCUCAUUUCGCAUGGCAGGAGAGGGCUGGCUGGUCUGCUGUGGGCAGUAUAAUGACAUCCUCAUUAUUGAUGCGAUAACCCUGGUUGUGCUUCACAGAUUAACCUCUUCUUCCUCUUCAGACUGGAUCAGCUGCAUGUGUUUAGUGCAUUCUCUGAGGAUUCAAGAGGAUUCUUUACUAGCCGUAUCUGCAGCAGGAGACCUUAAAGCCUGGGAUUUGUCAUCUUCGAUCAGCAGCAUACAGGAAAAGCAAAACAUUUUCGAGAGAGAAUGCCAGCCUCUGGGCUGCACACUUUGCAAUGCAAUCCGAUUUUGCACUUAUACGGAGAGGCUUCUCUUAGUUGUAUUCUCCACCUGCUGGAAGGUGUAUGAUUACUGUGACUUUUGCUUGCUAUGGACUGAGUUCAGCCCAAGCAGACAGGCCUUGGCAGGAGGAGAAAUCCUUGCUGCCCACAGGUUGAUCAUUUGGACAGAAGAUGGGCGCGGCUACAUCUAUCAACUGGUGAACAGUGGCCUUUCACGGAGCAUCCAGCCAUCCAAAGUCAGGGUGCUGAAAGAAACGGUUCGUCCUGUUUUACUCUCUUCUACUGAGGUGCAAGGCAACAAAAGUUUUUCUUACAUCAUGGGCUUCAUGAAUGAAAGGAAGGAACCCUUUUAUAAGAUUCUUUAUUGUGGACAAGCUUCUGGGAGGAUUACUUUAUGGCAUGUUCCUGAUGUUCCUGUUUCAACUCUAGAUGGCUCUCCAAAAAUGAUCCCAGUCGCAGCAUCCAGGACUCUGCAGGAUAACUUUAACAUUCACCGUCCGAUAGCUGAAGGUAUCCCUGAUUACCCCUGGGGAGCUCCCAUCACAGUUUCUACAUACAUUCCCAGCCUCCAGAAGUUGGUCUGUGGAUGUAUAGACGGCAGAAUUAUUAUAGUGCCAGCUUUGCACGCUGCAAAGGCCAGACUGUUGGGAGAGGGUUCCGUGCAGAAAGAUGCUGCUGCGCCCCAUGUGCUGAGCGGUGCCGGCAGUGUAACAGCCCUGCUGGUGCUGCCCGGCCGGCCGACGCCCUGUUGGCUGCUCUCCGGAAGUCAGGACUCCUGCGUCAUCUGGUGGGACCUCUCCACCGGGGAGGCACUGCACUGCUUCAAGCUGGAUGCGGGGCCCAUUUCCCGCCUGCUCCUCUCGCCGGAUAGCUGCAGGCGGAAAGGUCACCACCUCGUAUGCUGCGUGUGUAGCGACCACUCUGUCGUACUUUUGCACGUGCAAGAGCGUGCCUGCCUUAUGCGUGCCAGGAAACACCUUUUUCCCGUGACGGCAUUACGAUGGCACCCCAUGGAGAAUCUGCUGGUCGUGGGGUGUGAAAAUGAUUCGGUCUACGUUUGGGACAUUGAAACAGGAAGUCUAGAGCGCCACGAAAGUGGGGAGACAGCCAAAGCGAUCCUUGCUUCCUGUGAAGGUUCUGGUCUUAUGGCUGACCCUCUUUAUGCAGCCUGGGAAGAAGAUGGCCAGCUAGAGAAAGGUCCAUGUGGCCCCUUGUCCAGCUCCUCUGACUUUGGCAGUUUUUCCUGCAACAGGCUCGCUCAUCAAAGAAGGUCUUUUUGUCAUCAGUUAACUACUCUCUGCUGGGCUCAGGGGCCUUUUGCCAUUUGGCCAUUGAGGGCAACGUGGGAGAGCCUCAGUGUCAACGUGCUCCUUUUUGAUUUGGAAAAGCUGGUGGAAUUGCUCUGCUCCUCUCAGGCCAAGGGACUGAAGUCCUCCAAUUCCUUCAGCACCAUCGACACUUUAAAGAGAGCCAGAAGCGCAACAGAGAAAAGGACAUUAAUGUUAAAGAGAAACAGAACUUCCGGAUCCUUCUAUCCGGUGGAUGGGCAGGACAGAGUGGCCACCGAAGAACAAGACUCUGGGGAGGUGCAUACAGGUGGAACCCUGGAACACAGCGAUGGCAUCAAAAGGCACAAAAAAGCGAAGAGUUCCAAGAAGAUGAAAAGGCAGUCCUCUAGAAGAACCAGCCCAACUGUCGCCACAGAGGCAGCCAAACUCCUUUUGUCCUGUUUUUUCCCCUGGGGUAUGAACAGAGAGUUGGACGGCCUUUGUGUUCAGUAUUUAGGUAUCUUGAGACUUUUCUCUCCUGUCUCCUUUGGACUGCUUUCAAAAAACAAUUAUCUUACUCUGAUGUUACCAGGAUGGAACAUUGCUAAUCCUGAGAGGAUGGAAAAGCAGCAGGAGGUAGUCAAUCUAUUUUCUAGCAAAGUGCUGCAUUUACACAGCAAAUACUAUAGUGUAACCCAAGAGCAAGCAGGCAAGAAGAAUGGAUGGAGAAAUAUGGUUACUUCUACAGAGCAAAGGCUAGUUUUGGCUUAUUUGUUAAGCAGGAUGUCUUUAGUUCAAAGGAUAAUUAACAGGCCUUCUGAAAAGACCAGCCUCAUGAAGCGCAACAAAUGGAGACCUGCAGCAUCUCUGGUCUUGGAUGACCUUAACCUAGAGUUUUCUCCACACAUGCUGAGGUUCCCUGUUUGUGAGGCAGAUAAUCGUUUAUUUGUCAAGCUAAUUUCUUGCUGGAGAGACCAAUCCGUAGAGGUGAUGGAGGCCAUUCAGGCAACUUUGCUGGCUGAAGUGGAACAGAGCAUGGAGCAGAAGAUGAUGGCUGGAGGCUGUGGGCAAACAAAUUCUACCAGGUGGGGGUCAGCGGGGGCCAAGAACUCCCCUUCGCUGGGUACAGCUUUUGGUACCAUGGGCAUGAUCAAGUAUGAGAGCUGCAUAACCACAGCAAACGUUGAAGAUGGGGAAGCUCCUGCAGAGGAACUGGGGAGUCCAGGUAUAAACAAGCCACUUCCUUGGGUAUCCAAACUGUGUUCCUGCAAGAUGUGUUAGAAGAGUGGUUGAAUUUCUCCAUGAGAACAAGGAAUUGUUGCAGACAUAAAAGUGUGUCCACCAUUCUUGGCUGAUGCUGCUUGAGAAGCCCUCCUGUUUUCUUCUCAGCUUACUCCUACAUCUCUUCCUUCAAAUAUACUCUGACUGACUUUGGAAGAACUCUGGAACAUCAAGAUUAGAUUGACACCCCCACACACACUCAACCCUGCUGACCUAUUGCAGAUUAGUGAAGACCUGGGCAUGCUUCAGGCCUUAAGGCAGGAGGUUUUUGUCAAUUGUCAGGUUUAUCCUCAUCAUUCACUUUAGGUUUUUAUCUUUUGAUGUUGUUUUUUUUAAGAGUUAAGAUAACUUACAGAACAAAGAUGCCAAAAUCCCAUUUAAGAAUGAGACUGCAAGCCCUGGAAUGUAAGAAGUCACAGUAGGCCUUGCACUCCUUGGGAUGCUUCAUUCUCAGUUGUCUAUUUUCAUUGCUGGAUCCCAUCCUGAGCCCGUUUCAAAGGCUCCUACCUAACUUCUCAAGUACUUGGAUUUUGCUUCCAUGCUACACAAAUUCUGUAGUUUUGAGAUGGGGAAAAUAUCUUACUAACAACCACAUAAGCUUAAAAUUUUAAUUUGUAAUAGUUUACCAUGCGAUGGUCUUUAAAACAUUGCAAGUGAUUAAAAGCAGCAUAAAAAUAUAGUCAACAAAAGGCCCCAUGCAUUCUUAAUGGCCACUGGUUAAUCCAAGGUCUAGGUAGUGGACAUGCAUGCUCGGGCACUAAACACCUCCUUGGCAAGGAAAGUCAACUUCCCCUUAGGAAAAUUGUAAUUCAUUAUUCUGUAAUUAAAUUAAACAUCUGUGACUAACAGUAUCCCAAAUUGUCUGCAGGGCAUUAGAGCUCCAUGGCCCUUUUUGUCUUCUGUAAGAUAGGCAUUAGUGGUAAAACUGGCCAGAUGUACAGCAAGAUAUUCCCUUUUUCUACUUCUGGCCUGUCACCAAGAGGAGAAAAUAAAGAAAUAAUAGAUUCG